CCGAUCAAUCAGCGCCCGUUAGUUCGCUCUGCCCCGCUUCCCUCGUGAAGGCCUCCCCUUUGGCGCCCUCCCAUCCUUUGGCUCCCAGCGCAACACGUCAAUUCUCCUACGUCUCGGGGAACAUGUCUCCUCACCCCCUUCUGCAUGCAAGCGUCGGAUGGACGAGAGUUUGAUACUUCAUCCAUGCGUCUCAUGCUGUCCAGCGACGCAUCGCGAGAGGGGAAAUGCGCAAAAGUACGCUGGACAACGCGGCGCCGGGUUUCAGGAGGAAAAGGGGGUGCAUAUAUCUACACAUGGGCGCGAAUGGUUCGUGUCUUACUGGGUGGAUAUCGGAAGAUCCAGCACGGGAAGCCCAAGUUGGGUAGCAAUGCAUUUUGGCAGUCUCCAUCGAACGUCUCGGGAUUUUCUCGAGGGGCUUGGAGUUUAAUCGGGAGGCUAGGGUAUUUGGAUUUUGCUUUUCAUUUCCUUUCAUUUCUGUUCGCAUUAUUGUUUUUUGGUUCCAAUCUAAAAUUUCCCUGUUUUUCUUUUUCCUUUUCAGGAAUUUCUCCGAAUUUGCCGACCUACUACUUGAUGCACAUGUCAGCGAUAUGAGUUCCGGAUGAUCAAUCAAUCCAAGACAAAUGACAAGUACACGAGAAGGCAGGUGAUAUAUCAGACAAAGGUGAAAGAUGGUAUACAGUUGUCGUUCAACGAUCCGAAGACCUCAGGUGAACUAUGCUUAUUGGUAUUGUGUUCAUCAUUGAGAUGCCAAGACCCGUGGGCUGUCGAGAAAAGAAAAAACCGAAAAUCAAAAAUAGACUUACCCUGAUUAUUAAGGAGCAAACACCGGUUUCAGCCUU